AUGAAACUCGUUCUCUUGGUCGUCGCAUGUGCCGUCUUGCUGCCUGAGAACCGAGCUUGGGAAUGGUCCGACUUUACUAUACUCAGCGAAUGGUGUUAUGACUCCUGGAUCCCAGUCAACGAGUCUAAAUUCAAGCAGAGUCUCCGGGAAAACGUGUUCGGACAGCCCCUGGUCGAGGAGACAUUGAGGACCGUGUUUGCGCACCUGAGACCGGGACACGAGCCGAGAAAGGCGUUGGUGCUCGCUUUCCAGGGCUGGCCGGGUGUGGGCAAGAACCUGGUCACCAACCUCUUGGCUAAGAGCAUUUACGCGCGAGGGACUGACAGCUCCUUUUUUAAGCUGUACAACUCGCGCAUAGACUUUCCGCUUGAGAACAAAGCCGAAGAGUACAAGAAAAGGUUGCAGCAAGAGGUGAAGGAAAAACUGGCCAAAUGUGCUCGCUCGCUGUUUGUGUUCGACGAGAUCGACAUGAUGCCACCAAAGGUGAUCGACGGAAUCAAGCCUUACUUUGACUACCAAGAGAAGGUGGAUGGUGUCGACCCACGAAGAGCUGUCUACAUCUUCCUGUCCAACAAAGGCGGCAGCAGAAUCGCCGAAAUCGCCUAUGAACUGUGGGAGAAGAACGUGCCCAGGGAAAAUUUCAGACUAAGCGACUUCAAGGAGGCGCUGCAGUCCAGCGCGUUCAACGAGAAAGGAGGCCUGCAGCACAGUGACAGCAUCAGCAGCUUCUUGGUCAGCUUCCACGUGCCGUUUCUGCCGCUGCAGAAGGAGCACGUAGCCCAGUGCAUCGACGCCGAACUCAGGCGACGCGGUGUUGUCGACCCUGACGACACCAUCGCCAGUGCGGCGCUACAAGAGGUGGUUUUCACCAAGCGCGAUACGUUCACUGCCGGACUGUUUGCUUCCGGCGGCUGCAAGACCAUUGACUCUAUUGUCUCCACGGCUGUGGUCGCGUUAGCGCACGACGAACUUUAA